AUGGAGAACGAUACACCUAGUGUUAGAAUUCCGAAAGUGAAACUGGGCAUUCAAGGAUUGGAGGUGAAGUCAGGUUCUUGCAAGUUCUGUCUGUUUUCAGCUAGCCUUACCCGCCUUGGAGUGGACUACAUUGAUCUCUAUUACCAGCACCGUGUUAAUACUUCAGUUCCAAUCGAGGAUACUAUGGAGGAGAUGCAGAAGCUGGUGAAUGAAGGGAAGGUGAAGUACAUUGGAUUAUCAGAAGCAAGUCCUGAUACAAUCAAGAGAGCGCAUGCUGUUCAUCCCAUUACUGCAGUGCAGAUGGAAUACUCGUUAUGGAGCAGAGAGAUUGAACAAGAGAUCAUUCCUCUAUGCCGUGAACUUGGCAUUGGCAUAGUGAGUUACGGUCCUCUUGGUCAUGGGUUUUUUGCCGGAAAAGCAGUUACAAAGAGCUUUCCCAGUGGAAGUCUAUUGUAUUCCCUUUGGUCCCGUGACAUUGAACAAGAAAUCAUCCCACUUUGCAGGGAACUUGGAAUUGGAUUAGUUGCAUAUAGUUUGCUUGGCGUUGGAUUCUUUGCUGGAAAAGCAGUUGUGGAGACCUUUCCCGAGGAUAGUAUAUCGCAUGUGUGCCAUCCUAGGUUUUCAGCUGAAAAUGUAAAGAAGAACAAGGUCUUCUGUACACGGGUUGCCAACCUGGCUACAAAGCAUAGGUGCACUCCUCCUCAACUAGCGUUUGCAUGGCUUCAACAUCAAGGAAUUAACAUAAUCCCAGUCCCCGGUACAACUAAAGUGAAAAAUCUUGACAACAAUCUUGGAUCCUUGGCCUUGAAGCUUACAGAAGAAGAUGUAAAAGAAAUUUCUGAUGUUGUUCCCAUUGAUGAAGUCAGUGGAUCGGAGAUGGGGGAGCUAAAGAAGCUUGUGAAUGAAGGCAAGAUCAAAUACCUAGGGCUAUCCGAACCCAGUCCAGACACAAUCAGGAGAGCCCAUGCGGUUCAUCCCAUCUCUGCCCUGCAAAUGCAGUAUUCCCUUUGGUCCCAUGACAUUGAACAAGAAAUCAUCCCACUUUGCAGGGAACUUGGAAUUGGAUUAGUUGCAUAUAGUUCGCUUGGCGUUGGAUUCUUUGCUGGAAAAGCAGUUGUGGAGACCUUUCCCGAGGAUAUUAUAUCGCAUGUGUAUCAUCCUAGGUUUUCAGCUGAAAAUGUACAGAAGAACAAGGUCUUCUAUACACGGGUUGCCAACCUGGCUACAAAGCAUAGGUGCACUCCUCCUCAACUAGCGCUUGCAUGGAUUCUACAUCAAGGAAUUAACAUAAUCCCAGUCCCCGGUACAACUAAAGUGAAAAAUCUUGACAACAAUCUUGGAUCCUUGGCCUUGAAGCUUACAGAAGAUGUAAAAGAAAUUUCUGAUGUUGUUCCCAUUGAUGAAGUCAGUGGAUCGAAGAUCUAUCCUAUCGUAGCUAAAUACGCAUGA